AUGUCUAAAAGAGCUGCUGACGCCGUUGACGAGCAAUCCGCCUCUCUAAAGGCUGGAGGACGACCGGUCGCCGAUGCCCCUCCAGAUGAGGUGGGGGAGUUCGAGGAUGAGUUUGAGGACGAAUUCGAGAGUGAAGAUGAGAUUUUGGAGGCCGGUGUCGAUGGACGCCCCGAUGAGGAGCGUGAGGCAGAGGAAAAGGAAAAUGCUAUGGAAGUUGACCAAGAGACUUUCAUUCCUGGAAGAACAAAACUUGCACCAGGAGAAGUUCUUUCUCCCGAUCCAUCGACAUAUGACAUGCUACAUACCCUCAGUACACCAUGGCCCUGUCUUUCCUUCGACAUUGUUCGCGAUUCCUUGGGCGACAACCGCAAGACAUACCCCGCGACGGUCUACGCAGUUGCAGGCACACAGGCAGAGGGUGGACGCGCAAAGGACAACGAGUUGAUGAUUCUCAAGAUGAGCGGAUUGAGCAAGAUGGAAAAGCAGAAUGAAACCGACUCGGAGAGCGACUCUGAUGAUGACGACCUCGGAGAGCCAAUUCUUGAGCACAAAUCGAUACCCCUCGGCUCUACUACCAACCGCAUCCGCGCCCACCAGACCCCUUCGCAAUCCGGCGAUUAUUCCAAGCCUCCCCAGACCAUCACAGCCACCAUGCUUGAAAAUGCCCAGGUCGUUAUCCACGACGUCACUCCUCAUCUCAACAGCUUCGACGUUCCCGGUACAGUGCUGCCGCCGUCGGCCUCGAAACCUUUGUCUACUCUUCGCAUGCACAAAUCGGAGGGCUAUGCUUUGGACUGGUCUCCUCUUCAGCCCUUGGGCAAGCUGUUGACUGGUGACAACGAUGGAUUGAUUUACGCUACGACACGUACCGAAGGAGGCGGAUGGGUGACCGACACACGACCAUUCCUCGGCCACACCUCGUCGAUCGAAGAGCUGCAGUGGUCGCCCAAUGAGCGCAAUGUGUUUGCGUCCGCCAGCAGUGACGGCAGCGUGAAGGUGUGGGAUGUGCGAUCCAAGUCUCGCAAGCCCGCAGUGGACGUAAAGGUCUCCAACACCGACGUUAACGUCAUGAGCUGGUCGAACCAGACCUUCCACCUCCUCGCGACAGGAGCCGACGACGGCCAGUGGGGAGUUUGGGAUCUGAGACACUGGAAGCCCAAUGCCUCGACGCCGCAGGCCCAGAUUGGCGCAUCGCCCGUUGCGUCGUUUGACUUCCACCGGGAGCCGAUUACCAGCAUCGAAUGGCACCCCACCGACGACAGUGUGAUUGCGGUUGGCUCGGAAGACAGCACGGUGACACUCUGGGAUUUGGCGGUUGAGCUGGACGAGGAGGAGAGCCGGGAAGCCGGCAUGUCCGAUGUGCCGUCCCAGUUGCUGUUUGUGCAUUACAUGGACUCUGUCAAGGAGGUACAUUGGCAGGCACAGAUGCCAGGUACUGUCAUGGCUACUGGCGGUGGUGGAUUUGGUGUGUUCAAGACGAUCAGUGUAUAG